AUGCUAACUUCAAUUCAAAAUAACAUUACUGCUCAUGAAAAUAGAAUGUCAAGAAAACAAAAGGCAAUGCUAAAUUCUGCAUAUAUGGAACCUCACCGACCUUCUACCGCCCCCCUCGCGAGAUCCCCAAUUCACCCAGAUCUCGCUCAGCUUCUAUGUAAAUUUCAGACAGUCUUUGAUACGCCAAAAGGGCUUCCUCCCCAACGAUUUCAUGACCACCAUAUCCACUUGCAGCCUGGCACCGGUCCUAUUAAUGUGAGGCCUUAUCGUUACCCUCAUUCUCAAAAGAGUGACAUGGCCACAAUUAUCUCAGAGAUGCUUCACGAGGGUAUCAUACGACCUAGCACGAGCCUGUUUUCUUCUCCAGUUCUCCUGGUUAAGAAGAAGGAUGGAACGUGGUGCUUUUGUGUGGAUUACAGAGCUUUAAAUGAUGCUACCGUUAAGGAUCGAUUUCCGAUUCCGACAGUGGACGAAUUACUUGAUGAGCUCCACGGUGCAACAGUGUUUUCUAAAAUUGACUUACGUGCUGGGUACCAACAAAUUCGUGUCGCUCCAGAAGAUAUUUACAAGACUGCGUUCAAGACUUCUGAUGGCCACUACGAGUUUUUGGUGAUGCCGUUUGGCCUCACGAAUGCCCUAUCCACCUUCCAAUCAGCCAUGAAUGAUUUAUUCAGGUCUCAUCUUCGACGCUCUGUACUCGUUUUUUUUGACGAUAUUUUGGUUUACAAUCCAUCAUGGGAAGCCCACCUUGAUCACCUCUCUGUGGUUUUGGACUUGCUGCAAACCAAUCAGUUUUAUGCUAAAGAAUCUAAGUGCACUUUUGGUCGCUCCUCCAUAGAUUAUCUUGGGCAUAUUAUUACUGGAGAAGGAGUCAAAGUCGAUCAUUCCAAAAUUGAGGCUAUUGUCGAUUGGCCAACUCCAAGCAACCUCAAAGCCUUGCGUGGCUUCCUCGGUCUAACCGGAUACUACCGCAAAUUUGUAAAAGGGUAUGCUGCAAUCGCUGCUCCUCUUACUAAUUUAUUGCGCAAGGACCAAUUUCUAUGGGAUUCAACUACAAGUAAAACUUUUCAAGAUUUAAAGCUUGCUUUAACUUCUACCCCUGUGCUGCGGUUACCUGAUUUUGCCUCGCCUUUCUGCAUCGAGGCAGAUGCUUCUAAUAUAGCUGUUGGUGCUGUGUUAUCCCAAGGAGGUCAUCCCAUUGCUUAUUUUAGCAAGAAACUAUCUCCCCAAAUGCAAUUUGCUUCUGCAUACGUGCGAGAGAUGUAUGCCAUAACUGAGGCAGUACACAAGUGGCGCCAGUAUCUAUUGGGGCGUUCAUUUACCAUAUUCACAGAUCAACAAAGCUUGAGGAACUUAAUGACUCAAACCAUCCAAACUCCUGAGCAACAAAAGUGGUUGGCUAAGUUGUUGGGGUUCAAUUAUUCGAUCGUUUACAAGCCAGGGAGACAUAAUUUAGCUGCUAAUGCAUUGUCGAGGUGCCCUGAACCUGCGGCUCAAUAUUUGGCUACAUCGAGUCCUGUUUUCUCCUUUCUUGACUCCUUGCGCCACUAUUAUGCCACUUCUGAAACAGGACAGCAGCUUUUGAAUCAAGGCCAACAAGACUCAAAUAUGGGGUAUUCUAUAUCGGAUGGUUUAUUGUUUUAUCAAGGAAAGAUUGUGAUUCCAGAGGGCCAUGAGUUGCAAUCACAGUUGCUGCAUGAAUACCAUGGAACUCCAACAGGUGGUCAUGCAGGUAUCUCUAAGACAUAUUCUCGGCUUGCUGCAAUUUUUUUCUGGCCACAAAUGCGAAAAUCAGUCCACACUUUUGUGCAAUCUUGCCAAAUAUGUCAACAGGAUAUUUCGAUGGAUUUCAUUACAAGUCUUCCUCCCUCCAAUGGUAAAACAACUAUUUGGGUCAUUGUCGACCGAUUGUCGAAAUACGCUCACUUCAUAGCUCUUCCAAGCUCUGUGACAGCUGCCUCACUAGCUGAGCUCUUCUCUAAAGAAAUCUGUAAACUCCAUGGGGUUCCUCGCUCGAUUGUCAGUGAUAGGGAUUCACUAUUCUUGAGCCAAUUCUGGAAGGAACUCUUCAAACUUCAGGACACCUCUCUCAAAAUGAGUACUGCAUACCAUCCACAAACAGAUGGACAGACUGAGGUACUUAACCGCUGCUUAGAGACUUAUUUGCGCUGCUUUGCCAGUGACAAACCCCGCUUGUGGUCCAAGUUUUUACAUUGGGCGGAAUGGUCUUAUAACACUGCCACUCAUUCAGCCACAGGUUUUUCUCCUUUUGAAGUGGUAUACGGCAGACCCCCACCAACUAUAGCUUCUUAUGUCAUUGGCCAAACUAAAAUUGCAGCACUUGAGGACUCCCUUCUUGAGCGACAGAAUAUUCUUAAUGAGCUCAAAACUAACCUUGCUCAUGCUCAGAACAGGAUGAAGAUGCAAGCUGACCGCAAGCACUCGGAAAAGAGUUUUUCUGAAGGGGAUUGGGUCGUGCGUCGCAUCGGCUCAGUUGCUUAUGAGUUAAAGCUCCCAGAGUCAGCCAAAAUACACCCUAUAUUUCAUGUGUCCCUGCUCAAGCGUUGUUAUGGUUCUCCAACGGACAGCUUUACUCCCAUCCCUGCCUUGAGUGACGAUGAGAAACCCAUCUUAGAACCUGCUGAGAUCUUGGAGAGACGCAAAGUUUCUAGUGGAGGCAUCUUUUCUGACCAGUGCUUAGUCCAAUGGAAGGGACUUCCUGUUACUGAAGCCACCUGGGAAAGACUUGAAGACUUGAAAACCUUGUUUCCUACCUUCAACCUUGAGGACAAGGUUGGUCUUGAAGGGCAAAGCAGUGUUACGAUUACAAGGCCCAAAAGAGUCAGAAAUGCACCCCAGUUAAACAAGUAUUAUGAAAUGAGCCAUAAAUAA